UUUCCUUUCUAGUUGCCCCCCCCCCCCCAACACACACAAAACAUUGAAAAAAGAAGAAGAAAACCAAACCCAGAAAAUCCAACUUCUCACUUCCUUCAACUCUGUAAUUCAAACCUAGGGCGAGGUAGAGUUGGACGAAGAUGAGCGUCAUCGAACUUCUGACGAGAGUCGAGGCGAUCUGCAACAAGUACGAUCGAUACGACAUCGACAAGCAGAAGGACUCCAACGUCUCCGGCGCCGAUGCCUUCGCUCGCCUCUACUCCGCCGUCGAGUCCGACAUUGAAGCCGCUCUUCAGAAAGCGGAGCUUGCUUCGAAAGAGAAGAGCAGGGCAUCUGCAGUUGCUCUGAAUGCCGAGAUUCGCCGGACCAAGGCUCGAUUGCUUGAAGAGGUUCCCAAGUUGCAGAGAUUGGCUGUGAAGAAGGUUAAAGGGCUUUCAUCCGAAGAGUUUGCUGCUCGUAAUGAUUUGGUUCAUGCGUUGCCAGAUAGGAUUCAGGAUAUACCAGAUGGGGCUCCGGCUGCGCCGAAACAAACUGGAGGAGGUUGGACAGCUUCAGCUUCUCGUACUGAAAUCAAGUUUGAUUCCUCUGAUGGACGGUUUGAUAAUGAAUUCUUCCAACAAUCUGAGGAGUCCAGUCAAUUCAGGAAUGAGUAUGAAAUGCGGAGAAUUAAGCAGGAUCAAGGUUUGGAUGUGAUUUCAGAAGGUUUGGAUACCUUGAAAAAUAUGGCUGGUGAUAUGAAUGAGGAGUUUGAUCGGCAAGUUCCUUUGAUGGAUGAGAUUGACAGUAAGGUGGACAAGGCAGCCUCUGACCUUAAGAAUACUAAUGUUAGACUGAAAGACACUGUCAACCAGCUGAGGUCCAGCCGGAAUUUCUGCAUUGAUAUUGUAUUGUUGAUUAUCAUUUUGGGCAUUGCUGCCUAUUUGUACAAUGUACUGAAGAAGUAAGAUGGCAGUCCAACCUGGUUGCUCGACACUGUUUUGCACGUUGACGAGUCGCGUUGGUGUUUGUUAUAUAGUGUUUUGUGUUCAUUUCAUGCUUAAGAGUCUUGGUUCACACUAUUGCGAAUGGAUGUUGUGUUUGUCAAGUACACAAGUCAUGUAACUUUUACUGCAGCUUAUUGUGUGCUCUUAUGUCCAGUCUAUUUCUACUCUUUCUGAUUACUUAUAAGUUCAAUUCUUUUAAAACCUUUGUUAACCCUGUUAAUAGUUUGGAAUGAUAGCUUCAUUUAAAUCUUA